AUGAAGCCGCCAUAUGACCCAUACCCCUGGGCUACCAUGCAUGCUCUACCAGAAACUCACGUGGAUGUGGAUUUCAUGAUUGUGGAUUAUCUUGCCUGUCUCGCAAUUGAUAGCACUCUCGUGGCCAUCGGGAGACAAACCCAAGGCCGAGCUAUAGAGGCUGAUGAACUGAACUGGCAGAUUGACUCGCUUCAAGGAUUUCGGACAUUGCUAGCAUCAACCCACUUGGAGACCCCAUUGCCUCAGGACCUGGCCAUCAAACUGCAACUACUGACAGUAGCAGACCAGCUUCGGCAGUACAUCGCACAGGGAAAUCAAAACCUCGUGGAAAACAUGCGACUUUCGACUAUAGGCAUGAGAUUCAUGGGCCUCUGCUCCACAGCAUCUGCAAAGGUGUCGGAAACUCGAUGGUUUGACACCGGCGUCCGCUUCAUGGUCCAGGCGGUACUGGAAGGUCGGCGCGAAGAGAUUCAACCAUCCGAGGACCUGCACAAGCUCUGCUCAUGGACCCCUAGCGAGCCCGCCCAGAUCUCUAAGUGGGAGAUCGUCCGACAGAGGUACGCUGGUGAAUUAUCGGAUGCAAGUCAAACCAACAAGGCACAAUCAGUAGCGCUCAAGUCUCCCCUCCCGGAAUUCAUAGCCAUCGUCGGGACAUUUCUCCGCGAUUUAAUGACCACCUUGGAUGCCCCGAUCCUCAUCCAAGUAGAGCGAGGUCAGCUCGAGGGCCUAAGCCCGGAAGAAACACAACGUCUGAAGGCCCGAGUUGGUUUGCGCUGA